AAAAUUGGACCAAUAGAAGUAUAAAGAGGGGUUCCUGCGGAUGCAGGAAUGCCCACAUGCAGGAACGCCCCGAAUUGCGGGCCGCAAUUGCACCCUUCUCGAAAAUCUUGCUUAUUUUGACCUUCGACUCUAAAAACUGCUCAAACAGACCAGUCGAUUUGCACUGACGCCCUCGCUAUUCAGCGACAAAGAUGGCGGCCUCCGCCGGAUCAGGCAUCAAAGUUCCCCGUAACUUCCGGCUACUGGAGGAGCUGGAAGAGGGCCAGAAGGGUGUUGGAGACGGGACGGUGAGCUGGGGACUGGAGGAUGAUGAGGACAUAAUGCUGACUCGCUGGACAGGCAUGAUUAUAGGUCCUCCCAGGACAAUCUACGAGAACAGGAUGUACAGUCUAAAGGUAGAAUGUGGACCCAGAUAUCCUGAGUCUCCCCCUUUUGUCCGAUUUGUGACCAAGAUCAAUCUGAAUGGCGUGCACAACUCAAACGGUGUGGUGGACACGCGGGCGGUGGCGGCACUGGCGAAGUGGCAGAACUCGUACAGCAUCCGUGUGGUGCUGCAGGAACUCCGGAGGCUCAUGAUGUGUAAAGAGAACAUGAAGCUCCCCCAGCCACCCGAAGGCCAGGUCUUCAGCAACUGAGCCUCAUGGCCCUGACAAGCCCUGCUAUCCCUGCUCUGCCUCACUGUCUCUCCAUCCAACACGCACACAGAAGUAUAUCUACACAUACAAUACAUACACGCACACUGAUUCAAUGCUUCCUCACACAUGCACACUCGCACGAACCCCCACAUACACUCACACGGCGUAACGAACCCCUUAUUUUUCGGACUCUUGAGUACUCUGUUCUCUUUUGCCAGGCCCCUCCCACCUUCUGUUCUAAGCCAUGCCCACUUCCUCUCUCUCUCGUUGGACAGGGAGAGGGUUGCACAGGUGGACUCCACCUCCCCAUCCUCUACCCCGACCCCUAAUGCUCACAACUGUGCAGACCAGACAUUACGAUACAAAUUACUGUACAUCUUACUAAUAGUUUUUUUUUUUUUUAUAAUUUUAAUUUGUGAUCUACAUCCAGAUUGUAAAAUAACAUAAAUGAUCUUAUUGAGUGUACCUAUCUUAUGUGUGUGCUGGAUUCUUCAACCCAAGGGUGGUGGAAUUUUACUCUGUACUGUAGGUGUAGCAGGGGUGGAAAUCAAGAUGAUUUGCUGCGCUGCAAAAUAAAAGUUGAUCUGUGCCCCCACUGAAAUGUGGACAGUAAAGUUGUCACUGUUCUGCUCUUAAUUUUGCUACAAGACUAGUUUUAAUCUGAUUCUGCUUGCCCAGUUGGACUAGUCAGGUCUGAGUAGUGGUUUAGAAUACACAGCAUAGUCUUGCCAGGGUCUGUUUCUGAAAGCUAAUAAAGAAACAAUGCUCCCCCCCCUUUUUUUGAUCCACCCUUGGUGAAACGGCAAGGGAGGGAAUUAAAACGUUUAUUGCCGUUUUUCAGGCUAGCGUUGGUCUCAAACUGAGUAACCAGUUUCUCAAUCCCGAUUUAUGUGAAUUUCUGAGCCUUGGCGCGUGUAUGGUACAUGGGAUUAGGCAUUCAACGGUGUGUGUAUCAACUGGGCACUCUCGGUUCAUCACCCUCUCCUAUUUUAAACCUCUGGCCUCUGCCAUGUGGUUUGUUACAUUUUGUGAUAAUUGAAUGGGGAGGAAGUACAUUUGAGGGGAGGGGUUAAAGUAUAUUUGGUUUCAAAUACUCAUCUUAUGUGCUUGGCACCUUUUUCAGGUUCACAUUACUAGGUGGAGAAUGGUGAGUUUGUUUUUUGUUUCAUCUUUAGGGCUGACCUGUGUAUGUUCGUUGAGGUUAUCUCAUACAGUGGGCCCACUGAAUGCAAUGUAUGGCUUUAGAUGUUUUAUUUUAUAACGGGUGUGAAUCUGUAGUCUGGGUGAUGGUGACCUGUGCAUGGUUUUAUUUGAAUUAAAUCUCAUUACUUUUG